GUGUGUGUGUGUGUGUGUGUCAGACAGCAUUCAGCUGAUUUCAUAUGAAGCAUCAGACGCGUCACAGACAGAUAUGGAGUGUGUUGUGGUAAUACUGUGGUACUCACACCAGACUCAAUCAUUACUCCAUUCAUGUACCGGAGUAUGUGCAUGCUCCUCCAGAGGACUGUUAUAUGCUGUUAUUGAUCCAGGAGUUUAAGGCGGCUCUGAGCGAGCAGAAGAUCGAUCUCAAGGCUUUGCGUGAGCUCUGCUUCAGCGGGAUCCCGUGUGAAGGAGGCAUCCGUGCGCUCUGCUGGAAGAUCCUGCUGAAUUACCUGCCGCUGGAUCAGGCAUUAUGGGAGGUGUUCCUGAAGAAACAGAGGGAUCUGUACGAUCAGUUUUUGCGGGAGAUGAUCAUCCAGCCGGGGAUAGCCAAGGCAAACCUGGGAGUGUCUCGAGACGUGACGCUGGAGGAUCACCCUCUGAAUCCGAACCCGGACAGUCAGUGGAACACCUACUUCAAAGACAACGAAGUUCUGCUGCAGAUCGAUAAAGACGUCAGACGGCUGUAUCCAGACAUGGCGUUCUUCCAGCGGCCCACAGACUUCCCCUGCCAGCUCAUCCUGGACCCACAGAACGAGUACGAGACGCUACGGAGACGCGUGGAGCAGACGACUCUUAAAGCCCAGACGGUGAACCGGAACCGCAGCGGCGUCACUAACGUGAGUUCUCCGGGGAAGGCGUUACACCUGUAUCCCUCUAACGAGUACGAGGUGUUACCGAACGGCUGCGAAGCGCACUGGGAAGUGGUGGAGCGGAUUCUCUUCAUCUACGCCAAACUCAACCCAGGCAUCGCUUACGUUCAGGGCAUGAAUGAGAUCGUGGGUCCCAUUUACUACACCUUCGCCACAGACCCCAACAGCCAGUGGAAGGAGCACGCGGAGGCCGACACGUUCUUCUGCUUCACCAACCUGAUGUCUGAGAACAGAGAUAACUUCAUCAAGAGCCUGGACGACUCUCAGUGCGGCAUCACCUUCAAGAUGGAGAGCGUCUUCUCCAAACUCAAGGAGAAGGACACGGAGCUCUACAUGAAGCUGCAAGAGCAGAACAUCAAGCCGCAGUACUUCACCUUCCGCUGGCUGACGCUGCUGCUCUCGCAGGAGUUUCUGCUUCCAGACGUCAUCCGGAUCUGGGACUCGCUCUUCUCGGAUCAGGAUCGCUUCGAGUUCCUCAUCCCCGUGUGCUGCGCCAUGCUCACACUUAUUCGAGAUCAGUUACUGGCUGGAGACUUUACAACUAACAUGAGAUUACUGCAGGACUAUCCCAUCUCUGAUGUUCACGCCAUCCUCAUUAAAGCGAAAGAACUGCAGGACAGUUUGUAGCUCCCACGCUCCCUUAGGCUCCGCCUCCAUUCUGAUGAUUGACAGCAGUGCCGCCCAUCUCACCCGGGUGGGAUCCAGCGUUUGCCUUUGUGUGAUUGAGCGUUUGGUCUUACUGUCUCUCAGAUGGACUCCAGAAACACUCCAGAACUUUGGUCUUAAAUACUACAGUAUAAACACAGAACGGAGCAAAAGACUGGUCAUGUGAUGGACUUUAUACAGCUGUGUUUAUAUCAGCGAUUGUUUACUGUCUCUGUAUGUUUGUUUAUUACCUGAUCACGUAUCUUUCACGAAUGAACAAAACUACAGUCCUGCGGACGGAUGGAGUGAACUGAAGCUUGAUUCGGUGCUGUUCUGGAGAAUCGCUCGAUUAUGGACGCACAUGGAUUCUUUCAGGAACAGCAGGAACUCUUUGAUUCUCUCCAGAAGCGGCUCAAAGCUACAGACGCGUCACUGACCUCAGAUCAGCUCCUGCAGAUCAUGUCCCAUCAUGCCUCUUUUCAGCGACGUCAUCAGUCUGCACUAAUUAUCUGCAUUAAUUGCUCUUCGUGCGUUUCUUCACACUAAUAACCGAGCGCUCGUGUUUCUCCGGGGAAACAUCUGAUCAAGCGGUGCGACUCGUUAAAUCGUUAGCGUUUUUAUAAAUGUGUUGAUCGCUGCAGUUCAUUUUUUAAUGUCAUGUUUUUGUAUUUUAAAGCUCAGAGGAUGUUGGGAAAUGAAGGAUCUUGUUUUAAUCGGGGAAUGUCUGGCCACACGUGUCUUUCUGUGACAGUGUUCGUUCAUUAUGUACUUUUGAAAUCCAUUGUUUUUCUUUUGCAUGUGAAGAUGUUUUUGUAUGAACACAUCUAUAGUUCUUGCUGUUGUAUAUCAAUGUUUUUACAGUGCUUGCGGAUGCACAAUAAAAAAUUCAACCUUAAAAUCUUUUUAAAGCA